CGCGGCGUUUGUUGAUGACGUCAGUCGGGAAGCUGCUGUGCUGAGGCGUCGCGUGCGCACCGGCAGACUGACGGCUCCGAAGCGUUCCCGUUCCGCAGCUCCGAACCGCGGUUCCGUCUCCACUCUGACCCGAAAUGCUGCGCUUGGCGGGCUUCUCGGUGGCGCUCGCGCUCGCCUUGCUUCCAGGUGGAGGUGAAGCCUUGAAGGAAGGAGAAUGUGAAGUGUGCGUCUCCUUCCUGGAUAAGUUUUAUCAGUCGCUGAAGGACGGCGGCUCCAGCUUCAGCAGUGCAGACAUCGAGAAGGCGCUCACCAAAAGCUGCAGUGAAGCCAAAGGGAAAGAGAACCGCUUUUGUUACUACAUUGGAGCGACCAGUGAUGCAGCGACCAAGAUCAUCAACGAGGUGUCCAAGCCUCUCAGCUACCAUGUUCCAGUGGAGAAAAUCUGUGAGAAGCUCAAAAAGAAGGACAGCCAGAUCUGUGAGCUGAAAUACGACAAACAGCUGGACCUGAGCACGGUGGACCUGAAGAAGCUGAAGGUGAAAGAUCUGAAGAAGAUCCUGGAGGAGUGGGGCGAGUCCUGCAAAGGAUGUGCGGAAAAGUCCGACUUUAUUCGCAAAAUCACCGAGCUGAUGCCCAAGUACGCUCCUGCAGCAGCCGGCGCACGGACAGACCUGUAACCACCCGCGAGCGAGCGCCGUUUGUCUGACAUGUACAUCAGUCGUAAACUCACCUGAGCAGCGGUCCCGUUCAGACCGACCGCUAGACCUCGCGGUGAGGGACGUUUGUAGCUCUGCGGCUGGACUCUGCGGACCUCUGGACGCUUCGUAAACGUUUGUUGUUGCUCUUUCUUGUUUUGGUGACGUUUGCAUUCUUUACUGUGUAUUCAGCAGCCGGAGGCCAAACUCUCCAGGAGACUCCGACUGGAUUAAAACAAAGUUCAUCUGGUAGAUAUUUAUUGAGCUGCUGGUGAUCCUGCAGGAAAUGUCCUUUAGUGAACAGCUGGAGCGUCUCGUCCACGUAAUCGUGUCCUACUCGGGCGGGGGGGUCUGUCUGCAUGUAAAAACCAGUGAGACGUCAUUCUGCUACAAUGCAGGAGGAAGCUAGAGAGGUUGGAAUUACAGUGUUGGUACUGAACACCAUCGCCACACGGUCAGAAGAGUCACAGUGCAAAGAGCUGAGACGGGUUCUUGAGCGCAGACGCUUCAAAUCCAGGUUUGCACCAAGACCCUGAACCCUUCAGCCACUAACGUUUAGGUCAAAUGUUCACGAAGAGUUUAAAAUCAUCCCAUUUUCAGUGAUCCAAAGGCGAGCUCCUCUCACGUCACCAUUUAUCCAGAGGAAGCUCGCACUGCCUUCUGGGAAUGGGGACGAGGACCUGGAAACACGGUUCACCUGGACGGCUUUGACACCUUUUUGACUAAGUCUCUUAUUUUGAAACUGAACUGUAAAACCUGCAGGAGGAACGAUUGCUGGAGUCAUUUGUACAGCUGUUCAACUUUUUCAUUAAAACAUGAAAAACUGGA